GUAGCUCAGACUCUUUCCUUCAAAGUAGCAGCACAGUCUCUCAAUGGAGCUCGACAAAGACAUCCAGACAACUCAAAAGGGAUUUCAUUGCAACCUCUGCCAUGUUAACAUACCUAACAGGCCCAGUUUGGAAGAUCAUGUUAAAGGAAAGAAACACCUGCAUCUCCUGCGCCUCAGAGCUCAGCGGAAAACUCAGGAAGAAAACAGUGUGUUUGUGAGCGGCUUUAAAGCAGACACGUCUCAGACUGAGCUGAAGGAGUAUUUCCAACAGUUUGGACUGGUGACGGAUGUGAUCAUGGACAAACAGAAGGGUGUGUAUGCCAUAGUUGAGUUUUCAGAGUCUCAGGAUGUUCAGACAACUCUGGCACAACCACAGCAUCAGCUAAAUGGACUCAAACUCCGUGUCAAACCCAGAGAGAAGAAAGAGUUCAAGCUGGCCAGCAGAGGGAAACAAGACUGCAAAAACACCCUGAUCAGCCUGGACAAACUCAACUUUGAGCUCUGCAAGGCUAUGUCUGUAAAUGAGCAGAUACAGAAAGUAGUCGAGAGUUUGGAGCUGAAAGACAACGAGAAGAAAGUGAGAGAUCUUCUAGUUCAGCUGCUGCAGGAAGUUUUCACAGAGUUCUUUCCAGAUUGCCAGAUUGUGCCCUUUGGCUCGUCUGUGAACACCUUUGGGCUUCACUCCUGUGAUCUUGAUCUGUUCCUUGACCUUGAGAACACCAAAGUAUUUCAAGCUCGUGCAAAGUCUUCAGAACAGACAGGAGAGAACCAGUCCGAGGAUUGCCGUUCUGAAGACUCCAUUUUGUCUGACAUUGACCUGUCCACUGCCUCUCCUGCUGAAAUUUUGGAGCUGGUUGCUGUUAUUUUGAGGAAGUGCGUUCCUGGUGUUCACAAAGUACAGGCGCUCAGCACUGCUCGACUUCCUGUGGUCAAGUUCAGUCACAAGGAGCUCAACCUCCAAGGAGACAUCACCAUCAACAACAGAUUGGCAGUAAGGAACACAAAAUUUCUGCAGUUGUGUUCAGGUAUCGACUCCAGACUCCGACCCUUAGUCUACACCAUCCGUUUAUGGGCUAAGCAGAAACAACUAGCAGGAAACCUGUCUGGCCCGGGUCCGUUGUUGAACAAUUACGCUCUCACACUGCUGGUGAUCUUCUUCCUUCAGAAUCGAGACCCUCCUGUGCUUCCUUCUGUCAAUCAGCUCAAGAACAUGGCCUGUGAGGAAGAGGAGUGUGCUAUUGAGGAAUGGGAUUGCACAUUUCCUAGCCAGCCCUUUAGUGUACCGCCCAGCAAAAACACUGAAGAUCUCUGCACUUUGCUUUUUGGAUUCUUCACCUUUUACUCCAAGUUUGAUUUCCCUGCGUCAGUGGUGUCUCUGAGAGAUGGCCAUGCGCUGCCUAUCACAGACUUCCUCAAAAGUGACAUGGAGGCGUUAAAAACUGCAGAUGCCUCUAGUCCCAAACCAAAGCGUUCUUCAGCUCCAAGACUGGGCCCUAUGAAUGUCCUUGAUCCAUUUGAGCUGAACCACAAUGUGGCAGGAAACCUUAAUGAGCGAACGCAGAAGAACUUCAAGAGGGAGUGCUGCGAGGCUGAGAAGUACUGUCGCAGUCUGCAGUACCAGCGCAAAUCAGCCAAGGGCAAAUCCUGGGGCCUCGUGCGACUCUUUGCACCGCAGAGUGAAGCUGCAGCCUCUUCACAGCCCAGAGCUGAGAAGGUUUUGGAGGUCAGCGUCCCUUUCAAGCCAGCCAGUCUCCCAGAAUCCUUGCGUGCCCAGCUGGCUUCGGCUGGGAAGGAUUUUCGGGGGCUCUGGUUUGCCGAGGUCUGCUCUGCUGUGCAUAAGGUGUUUAAUAAAAUCUUACAGUGUUCACCCACAGAGGAGACUCAAAGUUUGGACAAAACCGAUAAAAGUGGAAGUGAAAUGGAGGUAAAUAAUAACAGGAGUCUAGAAGAUACUAACAUCCAAGUGAAAGGUGAGGCUGGUAAAAAGAGGCCUCUUUCAGUGGAGGAGGGUCCAUCAACCUCCACCAUUACACAAGCGAAAAGACAAAGACUAGAUGUUGACCUGGAGCACCCAGAGCCACUCCACUGGACUUGGACUCAGAGGAGCCGUGUUUGGGCAGGCCGGCGGAAAGUGCGAAGAGAUCUCUUGAAGACCAGCGAUGAGGCAUCCAAACCUGAAGGAGGCUGUGUGGAUAUGGAGAGCAGGGUGACGCAGAGCAUUGUGGAGAAAGAGGAGAAACUUCACGAUUCGUUGGAGUUCAAAGUGGACGCUGAGGUCGUUGGAGGGAAUGAAAGCACUAAGGUUGUCCUCCGUUUCCACCCGAGCAAUGAUACUGCAGGCGUCUUUCAAGAUUUCUUCCAUUUUCUGGAGUCCUUCCUGCCUAAGAUGGCAGAGACGAUCAUGGGCAGGGCAGAGGACAUUACAGAUAUGUCGUAAUUUAGUUUUUUGUUUGUUCAAAACUUAAUUUGAUUAAAAUCUUUAUAAACUUGUGAUUUUUUAUGUAAAGCUUAAAGAUUGACUUUGUAAACCUUCUAAAAAAGAUGUUCUGAGAAUAUGAGAAUAUGAGAACAUACAUGCUUUUGUUUUUGCAUGUUUUGACUUCAGAUUUGUUUCCUGUUUGAAUUAGUUGACUUUUGUUUUAUUCCUGAUGAUUUUGGCAUGAUUGCCUCUAUAAUGUGUAUAUAAUUAAUGUGAACACUCACAUUAAAACUGACGGUUUGUAUGAUUGA